AUGGCCGAUGUGGAUAUGUUUGGUGGUGGCGAUGACUUCGAAGAGGCUAUGGAGUUGCAAAGCGGUGAUGGUGAUGAUGAUGAGCAUGUGGACCGUGACCAGGGUGGCGGCGCUCCAGGCAAAGGCUCUGGUAGGGGUAAGGGGCGUGGUCGUGGACGCGGCCGUGCGAAAAGCGCCGCAGCAAAAAAAACUGCCAAGUCGGACAGCAACAAGGUUUGCUUUGUUGCGCAAUGUGAGCGCAAAGUGCGCAGCCAUAGCAAGUUCUGUCAGCAACACUCCAAGGAUGUAGAGGCAAUUCGCUACCAGGCCAAGACCAAGAAAGAUACAGAAGUGAUGAACACCCUGGAGCUUGCCUUGCAAGAUCCAACCAAGGCAAAACUGUGCCUGGAAGAAUUUGCACAAAGCAAUCCUGAAGGACGUUUCCGCAGGAAGCUGAUUGAUUGGGGCGCCUUCAUGCAGAGCCAUGGGAAGCGCGCUGAGGUGCGUGAUCGAUCCAGGGAGGAGUUGAUGGACGUCACAGAUUUUGUAAGCUGGAAGAUGUCACGUGGUUUGUCAGAACAAGAUGCUGAAAAUGCUUGGAAGCAGCUCUUGGAGACAGAUGUUGGGCGAGAAGGAGAAGGGGCUGACACAAAGGUAUGGGUCGAGAAGAACAAGGAACGCUUCAAAGACACGGUGCGCUACAAAGACAACCAGUUGCAGGAGGGGUCCCGCCAGAUGAAGGACAUGCCUGAUACUGACAGGCAGCAUCUUUUGGACCAUGUUCGCCGCCAAGGGGAUUCCUUCGCAGAUUCAUGGUUGCGUCGCGGGCGCCAAGACAGCGAUGCUCAGUCGCAGCCGCAGCCUGCAACCCCAGCAGCCAGUGAUGUCAGCGGAUUUCACUCGCAGUCUUCAGGCAACAAAGUGGAGAUUGCCAUCGCGGCUCCCAAAGCUCUGGAGAAGAAUGAGAAGGUCAUCACCUCUUGCGUAGCUAUGGUGAACUCUGCCAAGACAGCUUGGACUGAGGCAUUGGAGUUGGCCCAGAAGGACCCCAGUGAUGACAAAUUGCAGCUGGCCUAUGAGAAGAAUUGCGUGGUGCGACUUCACAUGCUGGACAUCUGGAGCGCAAGCAGUGUGUCUGAAGAUGCUUCUGCCGCGCCUGGCGCAGCGAAACCCAAGACAGAUGAUGGCAAGUCUGAGUCUGGCAGCACGCCUGCCAAGGCCGCUGCCAAGUUAACGGCCCACUUGAAGAAAGCUCUCGAGGGUGCUGGGAGCACCGCGCAGCAUAUCACUGCAGCUGGAAGUUUGCGAUCCAAGGUUCACAUGGAGGAGAUCCUUCAGAGUUUCAUGGGUCUUGAGACUGUCGAGGAGUUGAACACCGCAGUUCUAGCUUUGAAAGAAGCAGCGGCUAUGGUCAAGCAGUUGAAAGAUGGGGCUACCAAGGCUGCCAAUAGCUUGAAGAGCCACAUUGUAGGACGGCAGAGAGCACAGAAGCGCAAGCGUGAGCAGGAAAGCAAGCAGGAAGAGCAGACAGAGGUUCAGAAAAAGAAGAAGCAAGCGAAGGAAGCAGCUGCAGAGAUCAAAAAGCAGGAGACAGUCUUGGCACCUGUUUUUGGCAUUGAUUGGGACAAUGCCAAGGGAGAAGAUGGCACUGUUCUUGGCAAGAUGAUCACUGCAACUGCUGGACCAGGCAAGGGUUCCAUCGCUACUUUGGAGUCGCCAUGCUGUAUCUCCAACUGCGCUUUCUUCACAGACUUCACGAAGAAUCCAAAAGCGCCCCUUGGGGACGGUCAGAACGAUGACUUUAUUUUACGCUUGAAUCCAUGCCUGUCCCAUAUCUAUUUCAGAACCUAUGUCGAUGCCUCUGUGAAAUUUUCUGUGCAGUUGAUGCUCACUUCCUUUGGUGGUUCCUACAAGAAGAACGCGAACAUGAAGAGCACCGGCAAGUGCCAGGAGAUGAUUGCCAAGAACAAUGGGAUGGAUGAGUGCCAGGAAAUGUGGGCGUCAGUUUCUGCGCUGUUCAAGUCUCCGUUCAUCCAGCCCAAUGAUGAGAUGGAAGCUUACCUGAAGAAUGUUCUGAAAGCGAGCUGGCUGCAGGGCCUUGAUGCCCAAGGCAGCUUUGUUGGCAGCAUGCCCAAUGGACUUGGCUGCUUGCGUUUUCAGUGCUCAGGCGAUGUGGCUUGGACCAUGUUUGAGUUGAGACAGUUGAUCCCGGCUAUGAAGAUUAUGCUUUCCAAAGAUGAUGUCGGAGGCUUGGAGGGUGUAAUGGCCUUUGUCAAGAACCUCGGCUUGAAAGAGAUCGCAGAGCUGCAGUCCCAUGGAUGCACGGCCCAUUAUUGUCGCCAGACUGAGGGGCAGGUCGUCUAUGUGCCUAUCGGGUGGGUUGCUGCGGAGCGCUCUGUGAAAGGCGUUUUGGUCUAUGGGCUGCGGAAGACAGUCAUGUUUUCCAGUCCUGUUUCCUAUGAGAACUAUGGCUUGCUUGCUGGACUUUACGAGGCCAGCAAAAAACCUGUUGACAAGAUGAAAGCCACCCUGCAACUCUUGCAGCCCCCGGAGGCGCAGGACCAGAAACUCCAGGAGAAACGACAGACCAUUGAGGCGCUGUUAGACAACUAUGCACUCUUGGCGGAUGUGGCUGAGGAGGCGGAUGCCAUGAGAGCCUUAGGAGUUUGGGGGGAAGGUGUGGGUGAACUUUUCGAGCUAGAAGACUUGAAACGGAUCUCCCCAGAGAAGGGAAAGACCGUGCACGUGGCGGAACUCAUGCCCAUAGGGAGCAUCAAACACGCCGAGUCAGCUGAACGGGCCAAGCUGAAAGUCCGAUCAGUAUUUCGAGGAAACUCCAAGGAGAAAGAGUCGUCCUUGUGGUGGUUCCCUUCAUUGGAACUCUUGGUCGCAGGGUACGUCGACGACAUCGUGGCAAGCGGCCCAGAUCAACUUGCAGACAUCUUUACUAAGGCAAUGGUCAGGAACGAAGCUGCUGACUGCGGCGCUUUGUGGCUUUUGGCCGAUGAGAACGUGUCGCGGUGGCGGCUGCUGGUGAAAGCGGAGGAGGCGCAUCGCAAUGGUUUGUUGCACGCUUGGUCGAAAGCUCUGCCCCUGGUGGGCCUGUUGGUGUCCAAGGUUGUGGAUAGCGAUGCUUUCGCCAAGCUGAGUUUGGAAGACGCCAAAUCUGCCUAUGCGGCCCUGAAGCCUCGGGCGGAGGAGCUGUGCCACGAUGACGCCACGGCGAUCAGCGCCAUCAGCGCCGUCAGCGGGGCGGUGAAUCAGAGCCUCAGAGAGGGCUUCUUUGGACAAACCGAGCGGCAGCUGGCCACACUCUUCAAGGAGUUGCAAAUGCUGCGAAGCCGUGCGAAGGGAAUUUCCAAGGACUCUUUGGAGGUACUGCAAGAAAGCAUCCACCGAGCCCAUGUAGCAAUCAAGGUGACUUUGCCGCUGCAUCAGAAGCUGAUUCAUCGAAGUUUCAAACUGUUAUGCCGACCAAAAUCCCGGGCAGGCGACUCUUCAGCGCUCCGCGCGCCGGUCUAG